CUUCUCUCUCACCCCACACAUCAACACAACAAAACCAAACUCCUCCUUCUUCUUCUUCCCCAAACAACCAACCAACCAUGGCUUCCCCAACUCUCAUAACACCAACAUCCACACCCAAAUCGUCACUCCCACUAACAACCAACACUACAGUCAAACCCAAACCCUCCUCCACCAACAGCACAUCACGCCGUGAACUCUUCUUCUCCAUCACGGCGGUGUCAUCGUCAUUGCUGGCCGCCGUCCCUAUUAUGGUGGCACCAAGCGCGCUGGCUGCAGAGGACGAAGAGUACGUGAAGGAGACAGAGGAAGUGAUAAACAAGGUGAGGACAACAAUAACAAUGGACAAGAAUGACCCUAACGUGGCAGCAGCAGUUGCAGAACUGAGGGACACUUCAAACUCAUGGGUUGCAAAAUACAGAAGAGAGAAAGCGCUUCUUGGAAGAGCUUCCUUCAGGGAUAUGUACUCUGCUCUCAAUGCCGUUUCCGGUCACUACAUCAGUUUCGGACCCACUGCCCCCAUUCCCGCCAAGCGUCGGGCCAGGAUCUUGGAGGAAGUUGACACUGCUGAGAAGGCACUUAAGAGAGGAAGAUGAACAGUAACACUUUUUUCCUUUUUCUUCAAAUCUCUAAUUACAGUAAGAGCUUCAGAGAAACAAAAAUAUGUGAGUUCUGACCACUGUCUUCAUAUUGGUUAUUUUGCAUAAUUUAAUUAUAUAUGUUAUACAAGAAACUUAGGAAAGUAAAUAAAUGAAGGUCUGCAAGUUUGCAUGGGA